AUGUCCGCUGUUUACAAUAGAUCAGAAAUUGAAGAACUCGUGAGGAAUAAUUUGCUACAGUUCCACCUAUGGACUGAAGUGACUGUCGCUACAGAGACUCUAUCAUGGAAAGAAAGUAACAUAAGAUUGUUAACUGGUAGACCGCCACAUAAACUAUCUAAUGACGAUGAGGACGUAAUGACAGAAUAUGUCUUGCCUGUGGAAAUGUCCCAAUAUAAAACAAGUUACUUGACUUUGGAGUUUUUGGACAAAAUAUUCGACAAUUUAUGCCCUGAAAACACCAAGAGGUUGACUUUAGCCAUUAUAAAUGAUGAUGGUACCACGGUUUUCUAUUUUGUAUAUAAAGGAAUACACAAACCGAAGAAGAAUUAA